CCUUCCGCCUGCCGCAAAGUGUCGCGCCACGGCUCGCGGGCUGUGCCGGUGGCUGCGGGCCGUGCCCGGAGCGAGCCGCGGUGGCGGAGCGCGGCCGCCAUGGGUGGAGGGCGCUGACCCCGCGCUGCCAGCGGCGGCGGCAUGGAGGAGGAGAGCAUGGAGGAGGAGGGCGGCGGCGAGGCCAUGAUGGACGACCAGAACCACAACAACUGGGGCGCCGGUGGCUACGGGCGGCACCUGCUGGGCCCCGCCACCGCCGCUCCUCUCGGCGACCGUCUCCUGCGCGGCCCCGCGGGGCCCCCGGCCGGACCGCUGCUGCCCGUGGAGCCCGAGGCCAACGGCGUGCUGAGGAGCUGCGACCCGGCGGGCGCUGCGGGCAAGGGGGGGCCGGGAGCCAUCGCCGCCGCCAUCAACAUCAACGCCUCCACCUCCAAGUUCCUAAUGAAUGUUAUAACAAUUGAAGACUAUAAGAGCACAUAUUGGCCAAAGUUGGACAGUGCCAUAGAUCAGCUUUUAACUCAGAGUCCUGGUGACUACAUCCCUAUCUCCUAUGAACAAAUAUACAGUUGUGUGUAUAAGUGUGUAUGCCAGCAGCAUUCGGAACAGAUGUAUAGUGACCUAAUAAAAAAGAUAACUAACCACUUAGAGAGAGUCUCAAAGGAGCUGCAGGCCAGCCCUCCAGAUCUCUAUAUUGAAAGAUUUAACGUAGCUCUUGGACAAUAUAUGGGAGCAUUGCAGAGCAUUGUGCCUCUUUUCAUAUAUAUGAAUAAAUUUUACAUAGAAACCAAGCUUAACAGAGACUUAAAAGAUGACCUUAUAAAGCUGUUUACGGAACAUGUUGCAGAAAAGCACAUUUACAACCUAAUGCCUUUACUUUUGGAAGCUCAGUCAACACCCUUUCAAAUAACUCCAUCAACCAUGGCAAAUAUUGUGAAAGGCCUGUAUACACUAAGACCAGAAUGGGUACAGAUGGCACCUGCUUUAUUUUCUAAAUUCAUCCCGAACAUUCUACCCCCUGCUGUAGAAUCUGAGCUUCAGGAGUAUGCUGCUCAAGACCAGAAACUUCAAAGAGAACUUAUGCAGAAUGGGUUUACUAGAGGUGACCAGUCACGGAAAAGAGCUGGAGAAGAGUUAUCUUACAAUGGCUCAUCAGCUUGUGCAAGCUCCAGGGGAUACAGAUAGUGAAUAUACUGGAUCAGCUUCUAUUCCUAGCCACAACAGACACUGGAGGAGCACAAGUGAUAUCCGGAGCCUUCUUUGGCAACUGAUGAUACUUGAGCUCUGACAUGAACUAUGCCUCGAAGAAGAACUUUGGACUCUCUUCUUCAUAUAAUGUCAGUUGCUGCUACAAUUGGGAUGACUUUGAAAGACGUAUCUCCUUGGUCUAGUCUCUCAACAAGUUCAUGCUCUACGAUUAUUGUGAGGAACGCACCUUGAAAAAUAAUCCUUUCGAAGUGGGAAUGGGCAGCCAAAAUCAGCAGCUUCCAAAAACAUUAGAAUGGAAGAACCUUUUUUGCACUCUUUUCUUAAUAUUAAAGACGUUCUUAAAACUAGUUAACAUGUCAGUGAAUUAGUUUUUAAACUUCAAGGUAUUUUCUGGAGCUUUUGAUUAAAUAAUAGGAAUAAAUUUUCAUUAUUUUGCAGUAUUUGUUUGUUAGUGUAAAAAUCGUCACCUUUUAAGAGUUGGUCCCAUAUAAAUGUAUCUUCUGUCAGGGAGUCUUAAAUUCCAGGUUUUUUUCUUAUUUUGAACUCUGCUUUCCUAUAUGUUUGUACUCUGUGCCUUCAGCUUGUGCACUUUGCAACUUUAUAGACCAUAUUUUGUUGCUGCAAAAUGUGUUCUCGAGGAAAAACUUGAUGUGAACAAACAUGCUGCAAAGUUGCACUUUUCUCUUGCAUCAGUAGGAGGUGAAUUUAAAGAGGAAGGAAGAAAAGUUGAACGUAUUACCAUCACUAAUCAUGACUCAGAAGUUUGUCCCUUUUCAUUUUUUAUAUGUAUUAGUGUUCAGUGCUGGGACCAACUCUUGUAGAACCCCUCUCUAACUCUUCAUUGGCCUCUGUAAUUGCAGUUGUUUGAGAUGUGAAUUCCAGACUGAAGGAAAUACCAUGAUGUAUUUUAGGCCGUGUCAUGUGGAAACAUUAGUUGCCACGGCUAAAUUUUUUAGAGUGGAUCAUGGAGAAAUUCUCCACUGUAGUAGGUCUGUAAACUACAUCUCCGUCAGCACAAACCAGAUUUGCACCUGGUCAGUCAGUGAAUACCACCUUUCCAAGAUCACUGUGUGUCUCCUGUGCCAUUUCUCCUGGUGCAGGGAUGUGAUGGGGGUGUGAUGGUGGAUGUAGUCAGAAUCAGGGAGUUCAGAAGUGGUGUAACGCAUGCAUGUGUACCUGCUUCCAGUCCUGUGUGGGCUCAGCAGGAUGUCCAGCUGAGCCCAGUUCUAGGAGGUCAGGACCUAUGGUCUGAAUCCUAAUGAUUGUGACGUGAGAUUUUAUCCAUACAUGGCUGAUGUAAUUCCUUUGAGGGGAAAAACAUACUUGAAAGAGCAGUUUGACUAAGUUUUUUUUUAAUUACUAUGGAUUUAUUUUUAUCACUUUUAGUUAUAAAGGUAAAUGAGUUGGUAAUAUAAAAUCUUUCUGAAAUGAAACAGUUUUUAGUUAUGUCUUGCACAACUCUUAUUCCUGUUUUUAAAAAAAACAAGACAGAAACCCCUGUAUGCUUGCAUGUAUUCAUUCUGAAACGCAAGAGAAAGAUUUAAUAAUAAUAUGUGCGGCAGGGAUAAACUUUGUUUUUCUUUAUGCUUUGUAGCCGGACUUCAUGUGAGUUUAAUGUUAUCAGUUUCACAUCAACCAUUUUGGCAAUACCUUUAGUUUGGAGGGGGGAAGAAAGUGGAGAAGGAAAAGGACACUGUGAUUGACACCAUGAUUGACAGUCUGAUUACACCUAUCUAUGGCUUUGCAUGCAUGCAAAGAAAAUUUAAUUAUGAGGAAGUUUUAAAAUUAAAAAUUGAGUGCAUUAGUGUUUUGUUUUCCAGAGAGAGCAAUGCCAGCAGUCAGACCCUGUAGCUAACAGUGGAAAAGCAAAUCAAGCUGAAGAGGGAUUUUCAAAUGCUUGUAGCAUUUGUUUCAACUUUCUACUGGCCACUUAAGUUGAAGCAACAUUAAACAGAAUCAGGUAUAUUUGUUGCUGGUAUGUGGUGGAGAAAUUAAUGAGUGCUAGGAGGGAAUAAAAAAAGAUUCGUCAGCUUCCUGAUUUGUAUUAGUUUUGGCUUUAAACAAAAAUAAAACCUCUGGUAGUGUCCUUAGCUUUAAAAAUCACUCUGCUGAAAUGACAGCACUCUAAUUCAGAGUAGAUGUGUUAACCUAACCUGGUUAAAGUCUGUUUACAACUUCAUUCUCAUUCACAUAGUACGUACAGUAAGCGAGCUCUAUCAUCUUUGUCAUCUGAUUACAACUUUUUCUGUUCUUCAAAUGUUUUUACUGGUUUAGGUUUGUAAAUAACAUAGUGCUUUUGCUUCAUUUGAGGCAAGAGUUUUAACAUUUUAUGUCACAUUAUGCUUGGGGCACAAACUUGUAGCACGGCAGUUCCUUCAGAACAGAAAGCAUUCCUGUCGGCGUGGUUCACUUCAUACGCACUACAAGCAGUGCUUGGAUGCUUCUCAGUCCUGUGCAGCAUUCUCACUCGGCCAACAUACAGGAGAAAUCUGUUUGUUAAUCACUGUAUUACGUUGUAAAUUUGGCAUUAAAAAUUGUGUGUUUUGGCAUUAUUAACAUAAUGCUGAAAUCGUGUUUGUCUAAGGCUUUAUCAUUGUGACUGAGCAUGAAACGGAGUACAGCAUACUAUACUAAAUUAUUUGUUUCUCUGUAAACUUGCAUUUUACAGUAAAACUAACUCAGCCACCUUGAGCAUUGGUACUGUAAAGCCACAGCAACUAUGAACAGCAUGAUCCUAACUGCAGUAUUUAAUUUAACCAAAUAACUUGUGGUAAAUCCGUUGCAUCUGUAGCUUACUCUGUUAAGAUUAAGCAGUAAAGUUGGUUAUGCAAUGGGUGUCCUCUCUAUGUUGCACUGGUUCUAUAGCCAAACUUGCUACAUUAAAAUAUUUUUAGAUGAA